AAUUUGAACUACUUGACAGGUCUUCGACGUUGUUACCAACAAUUUUUGAACCUACCUAUUUUUCGAGGGAAAACUCUGUAGCGGCUCUCAACAGAAAAACCUCUUGUGUCAUUUUCGUGCCUUUAUUUCAUAAAUUGUGCCUGUGUUCUGUGAACUGUUCGCGAAAUUUAAUCUACCAUCCUGCAAAGAAAGGACGCCUGUGAAUAACGUGGGAAACCUUUAGUGACAGUUCCAUUUCGUCUGCUGGCAUGUUAUGUUUUGAUGUUUGGGAGUGUUGUGGUGGUGUUAAGAUUUUUCAAAAGAUAAGAUAACAGACAAACAAACAACAAGGUUGGGAGGAAGUAGUAAAUGGAAAGGGAACAGAGCAAAGUAAAUGUGCACGUUACGUAUUGCACUCCAUGUGGAGGAAAAGCAGCCUUUGAUGAGAUGGCUGCAGCAAUCCAAAACACUAUUCCGACUGCAACAGUGACAGGAGCAGAAGAUCAUCGUUCAGGGGCAUUCGAAGUGAACAUUAAUGGGCAGAAUGUUCAUUCACGUCUACAAACUUUUAGAUAUCCAGACGUUGAUCGUGCAGUAGAUGUGGUCAAGAAUGUAUCUCUUGGUGAAUCAGUGCCGUCAUCAUUGGACUGGAGAUUAACAGACUGUGCCCUAUCAUGAUAACUGAUGUAACAUGUCCGUCUUUCAUGUCACUCAUACAGAAUAUUCAUUAUUUUUAACAAUGUACAAUAAAAAUGAAUACAGUAAUUGGAA